AGCUAACGGUGCAGAAGAAAGGACGCGGGGUGGGAUUUUCCCCCCCUGCCUCGCGCCGCCAGCGCACGGGAUCGCAGCCGCGCUGAACUCCGGCCCGGCACUGUCCGAUUGCAGCCUCCAGCCUCUCCCCGCGCGCUCUGCGCCCACCCUUUGCUGCUGGUCUUUGUUUCGCUUCACCCUUCCUCCGGUAGCUCUCACUGCACUGGGCACAGACUUCCUCUAGGUCAGCAGCUGCUGCGAUUGCAACACAAGUUGCAGCCAAGUCACAAACCAUGUUGCCACUCUGGUUCCAGGGGAGGAAAAUGCCUGCAGGGAUGGACUGCUCAGCAUGUUAAACCUCCAGGACUGACUGAGGUGUACAACGAGAACAGGAGUCCCACCGCAAUGACCAGGGAAAGGAAGUUCUGAAUGUUAAGAGAAUAGCCCUGCUGUUGGGUUGAACGAAAAACUCCAUGAGAAAAAUGCAACCCAAGGAAGAACCAGAGCCAUCCAGUUAGCUGCACGACCCUUGGCACCUCAGUAUCUGUGCUGCAUGUUGUCAACCUCUCCUCCUGGUCAGCAGAGCGACCAGGGCCCAUCAGCUGCACUUCGACUAUUGCAUCAUUGACUUUUUUAUAACCGCCCCUUGCCAACCUUCCAACCAUCCCUUCCCAUCCCCUCCACUGGCUCCCUAGCAGCUGCCUGGCCUACCAGAGAGAAGCCAGACACAGAAAAAUCACAUUCACGUGCUGUCUGGCGCCACCAUGAAAGACCCUGCAAAGCGCGCGGCCCAGAAGACGCAUAUGUGCCUGGAGUGUGGGAAAUCCUUCAGCAAGAAGGGAAAUCUGAAGAGACACCAGAGGAUCCACACAGCAGAGGAGCUCUACCCGUGCGGUGAGUGCGGGAGGCGCUUCACCACGAGGGGACACCUUACCACCCACCAGAGCAUCCACACCGGAGAGAGGCCUUUCCAGUGUGACGAGUGCGGACGGUGCUUCCGGCUGGAGAUAUGCCUGGCUGCCCAUCAGAAGACACACACCAAAGGCGGGCCGUAUAUCUGUGUCCACUGUGGGAAGAGCCUGAGCACACGCAUCUACUUCAGCAUCCACAUGAGAACCCACAAGGAAAAGCGGCCAUAUGCCUGCACCGAGUGCGGGAAGAGCUUUGUGAAGAAGGGGACACUAACGGCACACAAGGAGAUACACAAACGGGAUAAGCCUUUCAAGUGCUCUGACUGCAGCCGGUGCUUUGGCCAGAGCGCAACACUGGUGGCUCACCAGAAAAUCCACCUCCGCGGGGGGCCAUUCAUUUGCACCGAGUGCGGGAAAAGCUUGAGCACCAAGAGGUAUUUUAACGUCCACCAGAGGAACCACGCAAAGCAGAGGCUACAGGAAGCCACUGGACAAGUAAAUGGCAUGCCUCUCCGGGUCAUCCAGAUUAAAGAGGAACCGGACGUGGCCUUCAAACAGGAGGAUAGUUUUAGCCUGGGGAAGAAUGUUACAAUACUAGGAGCUCACUCAGAGGACGGACCCCAGGAAGGUACUGAUUGUGGAACCCAGUCCAACCCAAAGAUCCUUGUUAGCACUCCGUGGGGAAUCCAGACUAAGGAUGAACCAGACACAUACCCCGAACAUGAGAGAAACAUUACAGUAGCCCACCAGAACUUUUACAUCAAGGAAGAACCACAGGCCAGCCCCGACUAUGACAACCAAUUCAAUCCAAAGAUGCCUCUGUUUCCUCCAUGGGGAAUCCAGGCUACAAAAGAAGCUGGGGUGGACAACGAACACCAGAGGGGUGUCACUAUGAUCAGCGAUCUUGCAGCAUGCCAGAAACCCCACAUCAAGGAAGAACCACAGGAGAGCACCGACCAUGGAAGCAACUUCAGUCAAAAGACAUCUCUUGGCACCAUCCAGAGGAUCCAAAUUAAAGAGGGAGCCGGGGCAGAGGGUGAACAUGGGGAAAGCUGCAGCCCAAAGAAAAAACAUAGAAAAUGCCAGAGAACCAGCGAAGAGGAGACUCCUGGUGCUUGUACCGAGAGCCGAGCAAACACAAAAUGCAAGAAAAAUCCCUUGAUGAAGGACAGUCCCAAAGCAGAGAGGAUAUUUCCAUGUCCCGAGUGUGGGAAAAGCUUCAACCAGAAGUCGAAUCUUACUAGGCACCGGAAGAUCCACACCAGUGAGGGGCCUUAUAAGUGCAACGAGUGUGGGGAGAGUUUCCGGAUGAACAGGAAGCUCAUCAGGCAUCAGAGGAUCCACAUGAGCGAGCCCUUUAAAUGCACCGAGUGUGGGAAAAGUUUCACCCAGAGGUCAAACCUUGUGAGGCACCAGCGGAUCCACACCAGGGAGGAACCGUACAAAUGUCCCGAAUGUGAGAAGACCUUCAAUCAGAAGGCCAACCUCUUCAGGCACCAGACGAUCCACAUCAGGAUGGGACCGUGCAAAUGCACCAAGUGUGGGAAAUGCUUCACUCAGAAGAAAAACCUUAUUAGACACCAGACGCUGCACUCCAGGGGCGGGGCUUAUAAAUGCAUGGUGUGUGGGAAACGGUACAGGCUGAAGAAAUAUCUGAGGAGGCACCAGAAAAUCCAUAUGAGGGAGGGACCCACCGGGCGUGCAAAACGGGGGGAAAAGCUGGGGGCACCAAUGAACAUUAGCAACCACCCCCAGACCCACCCAGAACAAAGAGCGCUCCCAGCUGUGAAAAGUGAGGAGAGCAACCUCUAGCCACCAAGCAAAGCCCACAAAGGAAAGUGAUAAGCAUGGACCAAAUUCUGCAGUCUUUAGUGGAGCAAACUCCUACUGUAAACAGAAGGAGGCUGUGUGGCUGGGAUUCAGGAGACCUGCGUUCAGUUCCUGGGUCUGUCACUUGGGCAAGUCAGUUUCCCUCCCCAUGCCUCAGUUUCCUCAUCUGUAAAAUGGAGUUAAGGAUACUGACCUUGGUAAAGAGCAAGGUAGUAUUAUUAUUAACCAGAGAUUUGCUCCAUUGAAGAAUGCAGAGUUUGGCCCAAUCAGCCUCAACUCUUAAAUAGGCUGAAUGUAUUCAGGUGCAAAGUAUUGAUUUUGAUUGUACCAUUUUGCUUCUGGAAGAGAAGUGGGGAAUGUAUCUGCUGAGCCUGGCUCUGAGAAAUGUGCAUCGCCCACAUAGUUCUAACACGGACAUCGCUCCCAUCGAUAUCAGAGGUCAGCUCUGGGACUGAAACUCGGGAUGAAAUGCAACAGACGUAAAGGCCAGCAUUUUCAAACUGGGGCAGGGGUGGGGGUGAGAUUAGGCUGCAGAAAGAAAGAUGUCUCAGGCUGGGCACCUAACGUGGAGAUACUCAAACUCUGUGGCCACUUUUGAAAAUUUGGCUGGCAGUGAGCAAAUGCUUCUCUCCCAGUACAUCUACACUGAAGUUAGAUGUGUACUUUCCAGCUUGGGUAGACGUACACACACUAGCUUUGAGAGAAUAGGAGUCCCCUGCCAUCUAGGAGACCAGCCAGAGACUCCAUGAAACACACAGUUCUCUUAAUCCCAGAAUAAACACUACUGGACAAUCCCUGCACUUGUUCAGUACCAACCAGGCCCUUCCUAGUUCAAAGACAAGGCCUGGCUGAAAGUUCAUACAUGAGCAGGGACAGGUGGUCACAAUGAGGUGGGGAAGAGUCACAGGAGUUAGUGACACACUAGCCACAUAAUGCAAUGAGACUAAAAGGCUUGUCUACACUUGAAACGCUACAGUUCUCCCAUCGGCAUAAGUGAUCCAUCUCCCCGAGAGGUGCUA